AUGGCUGAUCAACAAAACAACAUAUCACAAAUCCUGGCAGCGUUGGCUGCUGCGCAGCCUGGUGGCCUGUCGACAGGCUCAGUACCACCAACAUCAACUCCAUUCAUCAAUCAAGCUGGAUAUCAUCUUCCACCCCCUGAUAACUCCGGAAGCGUUGAUAUCAGUGGUGCUAAAUCGCUUAAUGUUUCGUCGAUCGGCAUUGCUGAAGCGAUUGCAAAAGCCCGCGGCAUUGCAGCUGGGAAAGGGAUUCCAUACGGCUCUAGUCUGGAUCUACGAAAUCCUGACUCACGGCGAGAUUCCCGAUCAUAUCACCGUUCGCGCUCCCCGACUAGGUCACCACCGCGAGUGUCACGCGAGGCGCUUCGAGAUAAUUACAAUCCAUACAGGGAAGAGCGUCGUGGAGAUAGGCGCGGAAAUGAUCGGUCUUAUGUGAGAGAGAGAUCGUUCUCCCCUCGACCAGCUGGCCGAGGAACAGAUUCAUACUCUCAGCCCCCCAAACCAUAUCGAGGCCCGGGCGGUCGAUCGCCUCCUGGGAGAAGAGCAGGUCCAACGGAUGAUAGCUCUGAGACUCUUAAUAUAGACUCAAAGCUUGUAGGCCUUAUCAUAGGGCGUCAAGGCGAUAAUUUAAGAAGGAUUGAGUCGGACACUGCAACACGCAUACAAUUCUUGGACAGUCCGGAAUCAAACAUUAAUAUAAGACCGUGUCGAAUUACAGGAAGUAGGGGUGCGCGAAACGAUGCGAAAGCAGAAAUAUUCCGCAUGAUUAGUGAAAAUAAUGCUGCUCGUGGCUCACAGGCUACAGCGGAUCGCUUUUCAUCUCGCAUACAGAACGAGUCGCAGGGCAAAAGUUCUGCCUCUGGAGACGACGAAAAUGCCACAACACAAAUAAUGGUACCAGAUCGAACCGUGGGCUUGAUCAUUGGUCGCGGCGGUGAAACCAUUAAAGAUCUUCAAGAUCGGAGCGGGUGCCAUGUGAUUAUUGCUCCUGAGGACAAGAGUCUCAAUAGCUUAAGACCUGUUAAUCUUAGCGGAAACCAGAGAUCGAUUCAGCGGGCUAGGGAUCUAAUUUUGGAAAUCGUUGAGACUGAUUCACGACAAGGGGGUGCUCCUCCUGCACAGCGGGAUCCACGACCCGAAAGAGAAGCUACUGGCACAAUAAAUGAACGAGGAGAUGAAAGUAUCUUUGUACCGAAAGAAGCAGUCGGUAUGAUUAUUGGAAAAGGUGGGGAUACCAUCAAGGAAAUGCAGAAUCUGACCGGGUGCAAAGUCAAUAUUUUACCGGCAGUAGGUCGUGAUACAGACCGGGAAGUCAUAAUGAUCGGCUCCAGACAAGCCAUUGACAGUAUGAAGAGAAGCAUCAUGGAAAAAAUAGAUUCAUAUAAAACCCGGACUCAUUCAAGACGCGACGAUGGCUACGGCGACCGAUCUUCACAAUCUCAACCUCGAGGCUAUCCCCAGGAGCAAAGCCGGUCAUCCCAGCCAGGGCAAUCUUCUACAUCGACCUCGACACCUACCGUAGGAAGCGAGACCGCCGACCCUUACGCUAUAUACGGUGGCUAUGAGAAUUAUGUUGCGAUGUGGUACGCUGCACUGGCGCAGCAGCAACAGCAACAGCAAUCUCCUGCUUCUGAGGCCAAGCCGCCAGGAGUGCCGUGA